AUGGCCUCUGCCGCGGAGGACACCAUCAUGUCCACCGACAUUGACACCGACACCACCAACGAUGAAAUUCUCCUCGCUGCGACCAACCACGACCUCGAUGCUCUGCGAACACUAUUCAAAACUGGAUCUGCUCGGAUCAAGGACCCCGACACUGGCUUCUCUCCUCUACACGCCGCCAUCGCCGCUUGCGAGGCGGAUGAAGAUCUCAACGAAGACAGUAGCAUGAAUGGGGAAGGUGAUGCCAUUCACAGCGAUGCUUUGGGCGAAGAGUCGGCAUUGGCUACUGUACAGCUAUUGUUUGAGAACGGAGCAAUUUGGAACGAGCUGGACAACAAUGAUGAAACGCCCGGCUGUAUGGCUAUCCGGUUAGGCUUGAAGAAGGUCUACGACGUUAUUGUGGCUGCCGGCGUUCGAGCUGAGCUUCUGUUCGGUCGCCUUGACGCAUAUCAGCUACUGGCUGGCGGUGACGAUGAGGACGAGGAAGAUGACGGAGAAGGCGACGAUGAUGCUAUUGAUGGCUUCGAGCCGACACCCAGCGGCCCCGCUCCCGGCGCAGAUGCAUCUGAAGCGAGUGGAUCGGCGACCGCACAGACUGCGGAGGGCUUGUCUGGAUUCGACCCUGUCCCCAACCCUUCGUACAAGGUGGAGAACGCUUCUGGAGAAAAUGCCGGACAAGGCGUGCCAGAGGUGAUUCAAACCGAUGAAGCUGGACAACAGACAACAGCCGAAUCUGGCCUAUCAAACCCGAAUGUCAACAAUGAAGACUACCUGCGCUCAAAACUUACAUACUCCGAGGGACGUCUCCUCGACUCUGACAAGAAUGCCGUCAUGAUGGAUUGGGAGACGGAGAUCAUGAAAGCCUCUGCCGACCAGCUCUGCACAGGUCCCGGACUAAGAACGAUGAACAUUGGCUUCGGCAUGGGUAUCGUCGACUCAAUGUUCCUCGCGAACAACCCAUCCAUGCACCAUAUUAUUGAAGCCCACCCUGCCGUGAUUUCCCGAAUGAAGGAGAAAGGCUGGUUCGAGAAACCUAACGUUACCGUGCACCAGGGACGCUGGCAGGACAUUCUGCCAGGCCUGAUCAAACAGGGUGUCGUGCUCGACGCAAUGUACUAUGACACCUACGCAGAAGAUUACAAGGACCUGAAGGAGCUCUUCCAGGAAUACGUCGUUGGACUGCUUGACGCUAAUGGCAAGUUUGGUUUCUACAAUGGUCUUGGUGCGGACCGACAGGUCUGCUACGACGUGUACACCAAGGUUGUUGAGUUGGAUCUUUUCGACGCCGGCCUCGAUGUCGAGUGGAGCACACUUGCUGUUCCCGAUCUUGCUCACGCGUGGGAUGGUAUCCGACGACCGUACUGGGUUGUGGACACUUACCGCCUGCCGACUUGCCACUUUGUGAAAUCCUGA